AUGGUUUUAUCUUGUCUAGAGCAAAGCUCAUCUUCACACAUUGACGACGAGCCACAUGCAUUUGACCUGACUUGGAGAAAUUAUUUACCUUCAGUUUCACAAUUCUGUUGCUGUUUCCAGAAACAAGCCAUUCGACUUGACGACGACGAUCCACUAAUCGAACCCAUUUACUACAAUGACCAUACUCUUUAUCGAGGAGAAGCACUACAGAACUACUUAAAUAACCCCAGAGACUGGGAAUUUGAGUCUGUGCUCAGCCAGAACGACUUGCCUCAGUUUGUGACCAGAAAUCCGUUUGGAACCAGCAAGAAAAAGACAGCAAAAAAGAAAAAGAGACAACAACGUCAGGAACGACCGGUUGUGAUGGAAACCGAUCUAGAGGAUGGCGAUAUCCAUGGAUACGACAUUCAAGAAGGUAUCGAGGAUGCUGAAUUUCUAGCAGAUGAUCAAAUUGCUCAUUUAGCCUAUAAUAGGCAUAGCAAGAACAUGGAUCAAUACGGAGAAGAUAUAUAUUAUAAUCAGAUACAGGGCCCUAUCGUACAAGAGAUGCAAACAUCUAAAGAAUUUUAUGCUCCAAGGACAAUGCCUGAUCUAUCCAACUCAUCCAACCUUCAACCUGAAAAUUCGACGAUUCAGACGAUAUUACAUGACCAAUUGAAUGACCUGACAGAUAAACUGUCAUUUAUAAAACAAAACAUGGGUCAAAAAGAAGAAGAAGAAGCGGACAGAACAACACUACACACACUGAACCCACAAGAAGAACAAAAUAGGUCAGUAUCCGAUAUCGACUCCGUCAUAGCCUCCGAGGCAUUGGAAGAAUACGAAAAUUCAAGAAGAUAUUCAACUGGUGACGAACUUCAUAUUCCUUCUUUGGCUGAUAAUACCCCAUUUGUAUCCGACCAUCAUCCUUUUAGUUACUUUGAAGACCAAGCACAUGAAGACCAAGACGAGAAUACGAGUGGACUAAAAAAUAUGUUGAACCUUGGUAAAAGGUUCUUUAGAGCUUAG